GUCCACUCGCCGGCCAGCCAGGACCUUGGCCCAGCUUGCCGAGAUGAUGGAGGGCACCAAGAAGGGCAGCAAAAAGCUCAAGUUCUUCAAGUUCAAGGGCCUGGGGAGUCUGUCGAACCUGCCCCGCUCUUUCACUCUAAGACGGUCCCUGACCCCCAGCAGCCUUCGGGCCCAGCUGAAGCCAGACACGUUUGAGGCCACACAGGACGACAUGGUAACAGUGCCCAAGAGCCCGCCGGCUUAUGCACGCUCCAGUGACAUGUACAGCCACAUGGGCACCAUGCCUCGGCCCAGCACCAAGAAAGCUCAGGACCGACAGGCAUCCCACCAGCCUCAGGGGUCCCUAGAGGUGGGCCUGGAGCCUCAGCCGGUACCCCAAGGCCUGCCCGAGCCCCCGGGCGCAGGGCCAGCGGAGGAAGUGGUGGCGGCCAAGGCUCCAGGCAUGGACACCGCAGCCGCCUCUCACCCAGACCCUUCUGUCCUGGAUGUGGAACCUGCACCAACACCUGAGGCCCUCACGCAGGACACAGAGGACAAGGGAGCUCCUCCAGCUGGGCAUCCAGACGGGUAGGUGCCUGCCAGGGGCCGGUGAGCUCCAGACUUGGAGAGGACCACCUCCCCUAAUCCCCACAUCUGGGCUAGAGAGAGAAGGGCUGACUCUGCUCGAGGUCCCCAGGCAGGGGAGGGAGGUUGCGUCCGGCAUGGGCUCUCGGGGGCUAGUUGGGCACUAGGGUUGUGGCUGAACAGCGUCUCCCUCCAGCUGCAACUUCACUAAGUUCCAGGGUGAGUUAAGUUCAGGUAGAAUACAAACAGGGAUGCCAGACAACCUCCCAUUUACUAAGGAUUUUUUUUUGUACUGGACAUCCUGGAAAACUCGAGUGACUGGACUAUUAGCCCCACUCUCAGAAGGGCACACUGAGUCUUGGCAGGCUCAUGCCAAGCUAGGAUUUCAGUGCUUCCAGUGGCUUGCACCCUCACCCACCACCUUCCUUCCUCCCCCAGCCCAGGUACUUCAUGGUCCUGGGGUAGUCAGCCCCAAAUUGAGGAGCCCCCAGAGACUAAGCCACACCAGUCA